AUGACAGUCACCAGAGACCUGCCAACCACCAGUGAAAUGACAGUCACCAGAGACCUGCCAACCACCAAUCUGCCAACCACCAGUGAAUUGACAACUACCAAAAACCUGCCAACCACCAGUGAAGUUACAGUCACGAAAGACCUGCCAACCACCAGUGAAGUGACAAUUACCAAAGAUCUACCAACCACCAACCUGCCAACCACCAGUGAAGUGCCAACUACCAAAGACCUGGCAACCACCAGUGAAUUGACAGCUACCAACGAUCUGCCAACCACCGGUGAAAUGACAACUACCAAAGAUCUGCCAACCACCAGUGAAGUGACAGCCACCAAAGACCUGCUAACCACCAGUGAAACUACCAAAGACCUGCCAACCACCAGUGAAGUGACAACUACCAAAGACCUGCCAACCACCAGUGAAGUGCCAACUACCAAAGACCUGGCUACCAACGAUCUGCCAACCACCGGUGAAAUGACAGCUACCAAAGAUCUGCCAACCACCAUGACACCUACCAAUGAUCUGCCAACCACCGGUGAAAUGACAACUACCAAAGAAUUGCCAACCACCAGUGAAGUGACAGUCACCAAAGACCUGUCAACCAACAGUGAAGUGACAGUCACCAAACACCUGCCAACCACUAGUGAAGUGACAGUCACCAAAGACCUGCCAACCACCAUGACACCUACCAACGAUCUGCCAACUACCGGUGAAAUGACAACUACCAAAGAAUUGCCAACCACCAGUGAAGUGACAGUCACCAAAGACCUGUCAACCAACAGUGAAGUGACAGUCACCAAACACCUGCCAACCACUAGUGAAGUGACAGUCACCAAAGACCUGCCAACCACCAUCACGAAAGACCUGCCAACCACUAGUGAAGUGACAGUCACGAAAGACCUGGCAACCACUAGUGAAGUGACAGUCAGCAAAGACCUGCCAACCACUAGUGAAGUGACAGUCAGCAAAGACAUGCCAACCACCAGUGCAGUGACAGUCACGAAAGACCUGCCAACCACUAGUGAAGUGACAGUCAGCAAAGACCUGCCAACCACAGUAUCUAAUGUAACUACAGUUUCUACUGUUGGUGCAGACUCUUCUGCCAAUACAGCAUUCAAUGUGUCUACUACUGAUAUAACAUCCAGUGCCACUACAGGUUCCACUGCAAGUACAGCAUCUGGCAGCACAGCAUCUAUUGAAUCAACAGUGUCCUAUGGUACUACAGUAUUUACUAACACUACAGUAUACAAUGUAAAUACAGUGUCUACUGCUGCUGUAACUUCUAAUUUAAUCACAGCCUUUCCUGCUGCUACAGCAUCCACCACUACAAUAUCCAGUGGAACUACUGUGUAUAUUAGCAAUAAAACGUUUAUUCCUCCUACAACAUCUGAAGUUUCAGCAUUCAGUGGCAAAGCAUCUGAUACUACAGUGACUAUUGAAACAACAGCGAUUAAUGACACCAUGUUUACUACUACUCUAGGAUCCAAUGCCACCAAAGCAUCUACCACCAGUGGAGUAUCUAAUACUACUGUGCCUGAUGGAUCUGAUUACAGUACAGUAUCCGUUGUUACUACAACAUCUACUGACACUGUGAAAUAUAACGCAACUACAGUAUCGGCUGAUUAUACAGGAUCUGAUGCUACCUCACCUUCUGUUGCCACUAUUAGAUCUAAUGCUACUACAACAGUUACUGCUGUUGCAACACAUACUACCAUUACAUCUACAGAUACUACAAAUUCUAAAGAUACUUCAGCAGCUACCAAGAUAUUGACAUUGGCUACUACCAACACAACGUCCAGUGCUAUUACAAAAUCUGCUGCUACUGCAAUAAUCAGUAAUACAGCAGCAUUGACUGCCACAAUAUCGAAUGAUACCAUAAUGUUUACUAAGACAUCAUCCAGUGCUGCAACAUCAACUAGAAAUUCUACAGCAUUCGUUGAAACAACAGUGUCCAUCAAUGAUGUAGAAUUCAAUACUUCUACAGCAUCUGCUGCUACUUCAGCAUCCAUUAUUAGGACAAUAUCUUCAGAUAGUGAGAUAUCUAAUCCUAUGACAACAUCUGUGGAAACUUUAGGUCUUCCUGGAAAUACAGCAACACCUGAUACUACUGUAGCAUCUAGUAAAAAUACAAUAUUUUCUGCCACAACAGAACCCGGUGAUAAUACAGUACCAUCUGCCACUACAACCUUUUCCUCUAUAACAGUGCCUGCCGAGACUACAGCAUCUGCUAAUACAAUGUUUGUCGACAGCACAGAAUUUGAUGCUACUACAGUAUUUGCUACUGUUGUAGGACCUAAUGUCACUAAAGCAUCUACCAAUACAGCAGUUUAUGUUAAUGCAGCAUCUAAUGCUACUACAUCAUCUUUGGUACUUAGUGUCACUGCGACACCCAUUCGUACUAAUGUGUCUAUCAUUGCUACUACAAUAUCCAAAGACAUCACAACAUCUAAGGAUACUAAGGAGUCUACUGUUAUUUUAGCUUUAAAUGAUACAACACCAUCUACUAGCGCAAUAGUAUCCAAUGCUACAAUAGUAUCUAACACAGUGUCUGCUGCCAAUACAGUAUCACAUGUUACAUCUACACCUAGUGCAGUGCCUACUACCAGCGCAACCUCUAAUGUCCACAUAGCAUCUACUGGCACUAUAGCAUCCAAUGGUACUGCAGAAUUUACUGAAUCUACUCUUGCUGAAGCAUCUGCUACAACAGAAUCGUUUACUUCUUUUGAAGUUCCUACUGCUACUGAAGCUACCACAAAAGUGUCUACUGCUUCAGAAGUCUCUACCAUUACCAUUACAGAAACACCUACCGAUUCUGUACUAUCUACCAUCACUGAAAUGUCAGCCAACAUAACGGAACCAAACAAUAUUAUAGCACCAACUACAGAAGAUAUACAGACCAGUGGUAAAGUUUCUACCUCCACUGAAAUGUCCAAGAACUAUCUAAAGUCCAGCACUGAAGAACCUUUUACUACCAUAAGAACAGUCUCUUCUAAUUUUCCAGUCACAGUUACAUCGGCAUCUGGCAAGUUAACAAAUAAAACAAGCUCAUCUAUUCCAUCUACAGUAACGUUGAUAUCAACAGGAAUUUCUUGGUUCAACGGCUCUAAAUCAACGGCUUCUGGUCAUACAUCACCUGUUUCAUCAUCCACACUCACUGCUACUUUACCAACCGUUGACAGUGUGAAGUCAACAGAAACAGCACUCUUCCUUAACACCAAGGAAACUGUAGAGCCAAGAACGUCAACAAAUUCUGUUCCAUCCACAUAUUCCGUUUCAACAAAUCAAGAUGUAAUUACCAUUCCUACAGGACCUUCCACUUCAGAACAAAUAUCACACAAUACCAAAUCUAUAUCUUCAUAUUCAUUUAUUCCCUCGACUGUUCCAUCUCUUUCAAAAGAGUUAUCUACAGCCACAUAUCAUACAUCAUUGUCUACAGAUUUUAAAGAAUCUACUAAUUCAGUUAGUACAAAAUCAGAACUCCCCGAUCAGUAUACAGGUUCAGACCAAUCUGUAAUAGAUGAAGAAUCUACCACUGAAGAAUUGUUUAACCAAAGAGCUGAUUCUACUACUACUGCUGUGUCUACCACAAAUACUGAGUCAAUCACACCUGUUAAGCCUAUGCCCACUGACAUGUCUAGUAAAGCUUCUGAUUCAAAUGUGACUGAUAUGCCUAUUGUAGCAUUUGAUUCUACUGUCACUAGUUUGUAUACCACUGCUGCUGAGUCUAGCAUCACAAACGAUUCUUCGACAACUUUUGAUUCCACUGCCUUUGUUGUGACUACUAAAACUUCCGAAUAUACUACCACUGAUGCAUUUACUACCACUGUUGUGUCUAAGACUACUGCUGAGUUUAUCGCAAUUUCUACUGAAACUUCUGAUUCUUCAGCUACUGAUGUUUCUAGUGAAUCUACAAUUCCUAGUGAGUCCACCACCACUGUAUCAACACCAACAUCCAAUUUUACUACCUCUGCUAUGAUGAUGAAAACUACUGGCAGCGGUAUAUCAACCAAAACUGCCAAUGAUGAUUCUACCACUUCACCAAAGUAUACUAGAUCUAAUUUGUCCACCAAUCUAGCUGAUUAUGCCGCCACUGGUUCUACAACCACUUCUGACUCCUAUUUUGAGUCUUCCAAUGCUGGUAUAUCUGGGAAAAGUUCUGAUUAUACAGCGACUCAUGUAUCAACACACACUGCUGAGCUUGUGAUCACCAAACCUUCAGGCUCUCCUACAACACAUACCAGCAAGCCUGAGUCUGCUAUCAUUGGUAUGCAAACCAAAACAUUUGAUAUUAAUGUCACUGGUGCGUCCAUUGAGCAUACUAACAACGGUGUAUCUAGCAAAACAAGUGAUGGUAAUAUUAUGUCUACCAUCACUACUGUAUCGACUGCUAAAACAGCUAUUACUAGUACAGAAUCCAAUGCUAUUACUGCUUCUGCAUCAUUCCCCACAGCAGUAACAGCCAGUGAUAAUGCUACUGAAAUAUAUAGUGCUGCUCAAACAUCAUUCACUACAAUAACGACUGCAGCUUCUGAAGUGUCUACUAAAGCAUUUACCAAUGCAGAAAGGUCUACGUCUUCUAAAUUUUCUAGAGCUGCUAGAGCAUCUACAACUACAGAAAUAACAGCUGCUGCUGAAGUGCCUAGUGAAACAUCUACCAUCACAAAUAUAACCAUUUCAAAUGCUGCUGAAGAAACUACUGCUGCAAAAAUGUCUAGCGUUACUGAAGCAUCAAGUAUUACAGAAAUGUUUACUACUGGUGAAACGUCUUUUAUCACAAACAAAACCACUAGUGCUGCUGAGCCGUCUACCGCAACAAAUAUGUAUACCGGUUUUGAAGGGUCAAAUGCUACUGAAGCAUCUACCACUUCAAAAAUAUCUACAGAUUCUGAAGUGUUUAGUGAUGCUGAAGUAUCCACCACUGUAGAAAUAUCUACCGCUUAUGAAAUGUCGGUUGCUGCUGAAGCAUCUGCCACUGUGGAUAUGUCUACCGCCCCUGAGUUGUCUAAUGUUUCUGAAGUAUCUACCACAGCAAAAAUAUCUACCGCUUAUGAACUGUCUGUUGCAACUGAAUCAUCUGUAACUGCAGAAAUGUCCACCACUUCUGGAGUGUCUGCUGCUCCUGAAACAUCUACCACAACAGAAAUAUUUACAGAAGUGUCUACAACAUCUGAGGUCUCUAGUGCUGCUGAAACAUCUAUUACUGCAGAAAGGUCUACUUACGAAGUGUCUAGUGUUGCUGAAUCAUCUACCACUGCAAAAAUGUCUACCGCUUCUGAAGUGUCUGGUGCUGCUGAAGCUUACAGCACUGCAAAAAUGUCUACCACUUCUGAAGUGUCUAGUGUUGCUGAAGCAUCACACUCUACAGAGAUGCCUAUCGCUUCUGAAGUGUUUAGUGCGGAUGAAACAUCCAACUCUACGGAAAUGUUUACCGCUUUUGAAGUGUCUAGUGCUGCUGAAGUAUCUACUUUUACAGAAAUGUCUUCCUCUUCUGAAGAGUCUAAUGCAACUGAAGCAACUACGGAAAUGUCUAUCGCUUCUGAAGUGUCUGUUGCUGCUGAAGCAUCUAACACUACAGAAAUGCCUAUCACUUCUGAAAUGUCUAGUGUUGUUGGAGCAUCCAAAACUACAGAAAUGUCCACCAAUUCUGGAAUGUCUAGUGCUGCUGAAACAUCUAUAGAAAUAUUUGCUGCUUCUAAAGUGUCUAGUGCUUCUGAAAUAUCUACAGAAAUGUCCACCGCUUCUGAAGCGUCUGUUGCUCCUGAAACAUCUACCACCAGAGAAGUGUCUGCCGCUUCUGAAGUGUCUAGUGCUGCUGAAAUAUCUACGAUGGCAGAAGUGUCUGCUGAAGCAACUCCCAUUGCAGAAAUGUCUACUGCUUCUAAAGUGUAUAGUGUCUCUACAAAAAAUUCUACCGCUUCUGAAGUUUCUGGUGUUGCUAAAGCAUUUACUACUACAGAAAUGUCUAUUGUAGUGUCUAUUACUGCUGAAACAUCCACAAUAAUGUCUGAAGUGUUUAGUGCUGCUGAAGCCUCGAAUUCUACCGAAAUGUCUACCGCUUCUGAAGUUUCUUAUACCGCUGAAGUAUCCAAUUCUACAGAAAUGUCUACCGCUUCUGAAGUUUCUUAUACCGCUGAAGCAUCCAAUUCUACAGAAAUGUCUACCGCUUCUGAAGUUUCUUAUACCGCUGAAGCAUCCAAUUCUACAGAAAUGUCUACCGCUUCUGAAGUUUCUUAUACCGCUGAAGCAUCCAAUUCUACAGAAAUGUCUACCGCUUCUGAAGUUUCUUAUACCGCUGAAGCAUCCAAUUCUACAGAAAUGUCUACCGCUUCUGAAGUUUCUUAUACCGCUGAAGCAUCCAAUUCUACAGAAAUGUCUACCGCUUCUGAAGUUUCUUAUACCGCUGAAGCAUCCAAUUCUACAGAAAUGUCUACCGCUUCUGAAAUGUCUGGUACUUCUGAAGCAUCUACCACUGCAGAAAUGUCUACCGCUUCUGAAGUAUCUGGUGCUGCUGAAACAUCUACAGAAAUGUCUACUGUUUCUGAAGUGUCUAAUGCUUCUGAAGCGUUGAAAAUAUCCACCAAUUCUGGAGUGUCUGUUGCUAAUGAAAUGUCUACACAAAUGUCCACUGCUGAAAAUAAAAUGUCUAGUGCUGCUGAAGCAUCCAACUCUACAGAAAGGUCUACCGCUUCUGAGUUGUCUCGUGCAGCCGAAACAUCUACACAAGUGUCUACUGAUGCUGAAGUGUCUAGUGCUGCUGAAACAUCCAGCUCUACAGACAUGUCUACCUCUUCUGAAAUGUCUAGUGCUGCUGAGACCUCUUCAAAAGUGUCUACUGUUGCUGAAGUGUCUAGUGCUACUGAGACAUCAAGCUCUACAGAAAUGUCUGCUGCUACCAAUACAGAAAUGUCUUCCUCUUCUGAAGUGUCUAAUGCUGCUGGAGUGUCUAAUGCUGCUAAUACAUCUUCUACAGUAAUGCUUACCGUUUCAGAAGUGUAUAAUGCUGCUGAAACAUCAGCUAUUAUAGAAAUAUCUUCUGAAGUGUCUAGUGCUGCUGAAGCAUCCAGCUCUACAGAAAUGUCUAUCGCUUCUGAAUUGCCUACUUCUGAUGAAACAACCAACUUUACUGAAAUGUCUUCUGCCUCUGAAAUGUUUAAUGAUGCUGAAGCAUACAACUCUACUGAAACGUCUACUGCUUCUGAAGUGUCUAUUGCUGCAGAAACAUCAACAAAAAUGGAUGCUGCGUCUGAAGCGUCUUGUGCUGUUAAAGCAUUAAACUCUACAGAGAUGUCUACUCCUUCUGAAGUGUAUAGGUCUGCUGAAACUUCCAGCUCUACAGAAAUGUCUGCUGCUUCAGAAGUGUCUAGUGCUGAGGAAAUAUCCAACUCUACAGAAAUGUUUACCACUUUUGAAGUGUCUAGUGCUACUGAAGUAUCAACCACUUCAGAAAUGUCUACCGCUUCUGAAGUAUUCAGUGCUGCAGCAACAGCAGUAGAAUUGUCUAGUACUGUAGAUACAUCUACUACUGAAAUGUCUACCACUUUUGAAGUGUCUUGUGAUGCUGAAGCAUGUACCACUCCAGAAAUGUCUACCACUUCUGAUGUGGCUAAUGCUGCUGAAGUACUUAGUGCUGCUAAAACAUCUACUACAGAAAUGCCUACCGUUUCAGAAAUGUCUAAAACUGCUGAAACAUCUAUUACAGAAAUGUCAACCACUUCUAAAUUUUCCAGUGAUAGUGAAGCAUCUAACUCGACAGAAACGUCUACCAGUUUUGAAGUGUCUAUUGCUGCUGAAGCAUUAACUUCUAUAGAAAUGCCUACCGUUUCUGAAGUAUCUAGUGCUACUGAAAUAUCUACCACUGCAAAAAUAUCUACUGCUUUUGAAGAAUUUAGUGUUGCUGAUGCAUCCAGUUCUACAGAAAUUUCUACUGAUUCUGGAAUGUCUAGUGCUGCUAAAAUAUCUACUACAGAAAUGUCUACCACUUCUCAAGUGUCUAGUACUGCUGAAGCAUCCAACUCUACAGAAAUAUCUACUACUACUGAAGUUUCUAGUGCUGCUGAAACAUCUACUAUUAUAGAAAUAUCUACCACUGCAGAAAUGUAUACCGCUUCUGAAGUGUCCAGUGCUUCUGAAACAUUCACUUCUACAGAAAUGUCUACUGUUACUGAAGUGUCUAGUGCUGCUGAAACAUCUGACACUGCAGAAAUAUCUACCACUUCUGAAGUGUCUCCUCCUACUGAAACAUCUACUACAGAAAUGCCUACCGCUUCUGAAGUGUCCGGUGCUGCUGAAGCAUCUGACACUGUAGAAAUGUCUACCGCUUCUGAAGUUUCUCAUGCUACUGAAUCAUCUACUACAGAAAUGUCUACGGCUUCUGAGAUGUCUAGUGCUGGUGAAACAUCUGACACUGUAGAAAUGUCUACCGCUUCAGAAGUGUCUCAUACUGCUGAAACAUCUACUGAAAUGUCUACCGCUUCUGAAGUAUCUAAUGCUGCAGAAACAUAUACAAAAAUGUAUACAGCUUCUGAAGUGCCUAAUGCUACUGAAACAUCUACAAAAAUGUCUGCUGCUUCUGAAGUGCUUAAUGCUGCUGAAGCAUAUAACUCUACUGAAAUGUCUACUGCUUCUGAAACGUCUAGUGCUGCUGAAGCAUAUAACUCUACUGAAAUGUCUACUGCUUUUGAAGCGUCUAGUGCUGCAGAAACAUCUACAAAAAUGUAUACUGCUUUAAAAGUGUCUAGUGCUGCUGAAUUAUCUACCACUACAGAAAUGUCUCCUGAGGAGUCUAGUGCAGCCGAAACAUCUACUGCUUCAGAAGUGUCUAGUGCUGGUUAUACAUCUACUACUGAAAGGUCUACCGCUUCUGAAGUGUCUAGUGAUGCUGAAGCAUGUACCCCUCCAGAAAUGUCUACCACUUCUGAUGUGUCUAAUACUGCUGAAGUGCUCAGUGAUGUUAAAACAUCUACAGAAAUGCCUACCAUUUCAGAAAUGUCUAGAACUACUGAAACAUCUAUUACAGAAAUGUCUACCGUUUCUGAAUUGUCUAAUGCUGCUGAAGCAUCCGUCUCUACAGAAAUGUAUACUACUUCUGAAGUUUGUAAUGCAGCUAAAAUAUCUACUACAGAAAUGUCUACCACUUCUGAAGUGUCCAGUACUGCUGAAGCAUCCAACUCUACAGAGAUAUCUACCACUUCUGAAGUUUCUAGUGCUGUUGAAGCAUCUACCACUGCAGUUUUGUCUGCCGCUUCUGAAAUGUCUACAGAAAUGUCUGCUGCUUUUGAAUUGUCACUUACUGCUGAAACAUCUACCACUGCAAAAAUAUUUAAUGCUUCUGAAGUAUCUAGUGCUGCUAAAACGUCUACCAAUGAAUUGUCUAGUGCUGCUGAAAUAUCUAGUACUGCAGAAAUGUCUGCUGCUUCUGAAGUGCCUAGUGUUACUGAAACAUCUACCUCUACUGAAAUGUUUACCGCUUCUGAAGUGUGUAAUGCUGCUGAAGCAUCUGCCACUGCAGAAAUAUCUACUGCCUCUGAAGUGUUUAGUGCUGCUGAAAUGUCUAACUCUUCUGAAAUGUCUAGUGCUACUGAAGCAUUCAGCUCUCCUGGAAUGUCUACCGCUUCUGAAGUGUUUAGUGUUGCAGAAAUAUCUGCCGCUUCUGAAGUGUCUAGUGCUUUUGAAACAUCCAACUUUACUGAAAUGUCUACCGUUUCUGAAAUAUCUAGUGCUGCUGAAGCAUCCAACUCUACUGGAAUGUCUACCUCUUCUGAAGUGUCCAGUGCUGCUAAAGCAUCCACUUCUAUAGAUAUGUCUACCGCUUCUGAAGUAUCUAGUGCUGCUGAAGCAUCCAGCUCUAUUGGAAUGUCUACCGCUUCUGACGUGUUUAGUGCUGCAGAAAUAUCUGCCGCUUCUGAAGUGUCUAGUGCUUUUGAAACAUCCAACUUUUAUGAAAUGUUUGCCGCUUCUGAAAUAUCUAGUGCUGCUGAAACAUCGAACUCUACUGAAAUAUCUACCGCUUCUGAAAUGUCCAUUGAUGCUGAAACAUCCAACUCUAAAGAAACAUUUAACUCUACAGAAAUGUCUACCGCUUCUAGAGUGUCUGUUGCUCCUGCAGCAUCUGACACUGCAGAAAUGUCUACCGCUUCUGAAGUGUCUCAUGCUACUGAGACAUCUACUACAGAAAUGUUUACCGCUAAAAUGUUUAGUGGCCUUAAAUUCUCUUCCAUUACCGAAACGUCCUCUACUACUGCAAGAUUAUCUGUUUCAUCUACAGUAACUGUUAUCAACAGGGAUAACUUUGCUCAAGGGAGACUGAAGUUCGAAAGAGGAGAUUCUGUUCCAUCCACAGAACCUUCCACCACAGAUCCAUCAUCAUACAAUACUAAGACUACAUCUUCAUAUCAUUAUUCUGACAACUCUACUUCCGAAUCUACAACCGCUGAUUUGCUCAACACAGCCAUUGGUCCCACUGCUAGUACUGUAGCUUCAAAAAUGUAUUAUACUGCCACUGGUGGGUCUAUCACCACAUUUAAAUCUACUACCAAUGUGACGGAGCUGAGUACUUUUGCUGUGCCACUGUAUGUUACUUAUAAUAAUAACAAUAAUAAUGAUACUAGAAUCCCAAGUGACAACAGCCAGAGCGCCCUCGAGACAGAUAGGGCUGGCGGUGUCCUGUGUAAAUUUUUCGGAAUGGUCAGGACACAGGAGGAAAAAUAG